AUGAAGUAUACUAAGUUCACAAAUUGUAAUUUAAUAGAUAAUGGUAUAACUUACUUUGAUAGUGAGUUAUUCAUUAAUAAUGAAACAGGAAAAAUCAUAGAUGACCCAAAGGAUAAUGCUAAUACUAAAAUAGUUGAUCUUAAUGGUAAAUACUUGGCUCCAGGAUUGAUAGAUAUUCAAAAUAAUGGGUUCUUUGGAUUGAACUUUUCAAAUUUGGAUGGUAAUAGUUCAAAAGAAGAUAUCGAUGAGUAUAAAAGAUUUUAUAAUGAUGUUAUGGCUAAAUUCUUAGAAACUGGGGUAACUGGGGUUUGUCCAACCAUUACUUCGAAUUUUGCUGAAGUGUAUGAAAAAGUUUUACCUAUUUUGAAAAGAUCAAGAACUAAUUAUAUGACUGAUUCUUUAGGUGCUCAUUGUGAAGGUCCUUUUAUAAGUUUAUUAAAGAAAGGAUGUCAUCCAACUGAAACUUUUGUUGAUGCUAAAGAAGGUUCUUCUAAGAUAGAUCACGUUUAUGGUGAUAAAAACUUUGAAAAUAUCUCCAUCAUCACCGCCGCACCGGAAAUCGACGGUAUUAUAGAUAUCAUCCCUUAUUUGAAAUCCAAAAAUAUCAUCUAUUCCAUUGGUCACACUAAUGCCGAUUAUGAAACUGGAUUAAAAGCUAUAGAACAAGGAGCCACUAUGAUUACACAUUUAUAUAAUGCCAUGCCACAACCUCAUCACAGAGACCCUGGAGUUUUGGGUUUAAUUAAUAACCCAAUAACUAAUGAUGCUCCAUAUUUUGGAUUGAUUUGUGAUGGUAUUCAUGUAGAUGCAUCUAUGGCAUCCUUAGCUUAUAAAUCACAUCCUGAUAAAUGUGUUUUAACCACCGAUGCUAUCUUCAUGUUUGGUUUAGAAGAUGGUACUUAUAAAUGGGAUAAAAGAAAUAUUGUUAAAGAUGGUUUCAGAUUAUGUUUAGAAGGAACUAAAACUUUAGCUGGUUCAGGUACUUCUUUAAUCCAAUGUGUCAGGAAUUUAAUCAAAUGGACAAACAUUCCUUUAGCUCAAGCUAUUAAAACUGCUACUAAUAAUGCUGCUAUGUCUUUAAACCUUCAAAACCAAAAAGGGUUCUUGACUGUUGGUUGUGAUGCUGAUUUAAUAGUUUUAGAUGAUAACUGUAUCAUCCAAUCUAUCUACAAGUUAGGUAAAUCCAUCAGAGUCAAUGACCAAAACCAUCCAGGUAACUUAAUUGCCAAUUUAUAG